CCCUUCCCUCCCCAGUGGAACAGAGCAACUUGACAGAGGGACAAGUGUUGCCAUUGGCAGAGGAGACGCCAAUGGAUUGCGAGCUGGUGCUUUAUUAACUCGUGUUUACAGCUCUGGUUCAAGCUGUCUUCGUCAGAAAUCAGGACACACUCUGACAUAUUUGUUGGAGUGAAGGUGGAGCACAGUUUUUCUGACUCAUCAAUCCAGUUUUUUACUACCAUUUCUCCUGAAGCAGCUGCAAAACAGCAGAUAAUCUAACAAUGGCGUAAUUGUCAGUCGGUACAAAAGAAAGCACCUUUCUAGACAUUUUAGGAGGAAACCUGUGUGAGAACAGAGACUCAUUGGAGCUGCGUGAGGGAAAGGAUGAGCGUGUUUCUGUACUCUGUCCUCCCUCCGUUGGGACUAUACACUCUGAUCUCACGGUAUCUGCUGAAGAACCCACACUAUCUCCACUGGAAGAAGAAAACAGCUUUCUACUGCACUCAAAUUUCACACCGAGGAGGAUCUGGAGAGAAGAUAGAAAAUACGAUGGAGGCGUUCACAAAUGCGGUAGAACAAGGCUCACAGAUGCUGGAGAUGGACUGCCACCUGACAAAGGACGGACACGUGGUGGUUUCUCACGACGAGAACCUGGAAAGGCAGACCGGCGUAGACAAAGACAUCUCCUCAUUCAAUCUGGAGGAUUUGCCUCUGUAUAAGGAAAAGCUGGAGGUGACAUUCGAUGCAGGCCACGAGAACAAAAGUGGUACAGACAGAAAGAUUGCUCUACUGGAAGACGUGUUCAGGAAGUUCCCAAAGACCCCUGUCAGCAUCGAGAUCAAGGAGGACAACCCACAGCUGAUGCGAGAGGUGUCAACCCUGGUUAAACGCUACGACAGGGAAGGAAUCACUUUGUGGGCUUCCGAGGAUGCCAAAAUCAUGAACAAGUGCCGCAGUAUCAACGGCUCUAUGCCCUACAGUUUCUCCAAACAACGCGGCAUCCUGCUUCUGCUUCUCUAUUAUACCGGCCUGCUGCCCUUUGUACCUGUGGGAGAGAGCGUACUGCAGUUCUACCUGCCACGCAUCAUUAACAGGACCUACAAACCCGAAAAUUCCGAAAUCCUGAAGAAAAACUGGGUUGUUUCUUUAAUAGACAAAACAACAAUGAGAAAAAACCUUUUCAAGCACCUUUCAGACCGUGGGAUACAGGUUCAUUUAUUUGUUUGCAAUAAAAAUGAAGACAUCAAGGCUGCGUUUGACCUGGGAGCCACAGGAGUCAUGACUGAUUAUCCAACUCUGCUCUCUACCUACGUCAAAACACACAUGGGAGUGGAUGAUCCCAACAGCAGCAACACUCCAGAACAACUGCUCUUAGGACAGCAGAAACACCAAAGACUAGAACAGACAUUGCCAGACCAAAGGGGGAAUCCAUGCGUCCAAACUGAACAAGAUUAGUUUGCUGCCCAACACCAAGCUGAUAGGACAAGGGUUUCAUUCACUUCUCUAAUCACCAAUCAUUGCCUACGGUGUGAUCAUGUCUGCUGUGCAUGUAUACAGUCAGGUCGGUAUGUAAAGAAACAGUUGAUGAGUUUUGUCAGCAGUGAAUGUUUAACUAGCUGCAGACCUGACAACCCAUGAUAAGACACUAAACAAACAUGACUUUGUUUUGACUGGCUACUUUCUGACAUUAUUGAUUGGUUUAGGGGAAUAUUUUGUGUUUUUAGAAAAAAAAAGGAUAAAGAAAUUGUGCUUUAGACUGCCUCAUAAAAGUGUGCGUACUCCCUGAACCACAAGCUUCUAUGUGUUUGCAGGGAUUUUAUUUGGCCACAGGUUCUCAAUUGGAUUUAAGUCUCGACUUUGACCAUUCUUGAAUGAAAAGUAGUCAUCUGGAAAAGUGUUUGUAAAAAACCUCAAGUACUGAGUAGGUACUUGAGUAGGUGUUUUGUCAAUUUAUGUUACCUCAUGCUUAGCAUGUGCAGUGGAUCUCACUCACGUCUCUGUUUUCCUAGGCAGCUGUGACCAAAGUCCGGCCACACUGCAACAAUGACAAUCAAUCAGUCUGCUGAUGAAACAAAGGCUGGACUUUUCUGAGCCAGUUCCCUGUGCUGAUUAGUGUGACAGCAGAGUUAAAAUGAUAUAAAGCUGUCAAUCUAGCUUUUUGUCACAUUGGUUCAAAUGGGAGCAAGUUUGAAUCAGAGAAUAUGUCUAUGAAAUAAUGUCAUUUGUAAUAUCUUUUGGAAUCAAGUGUUGUGGUAAUGCUCUUCUAAAUCAUUUGUUUGUCAUGUCACAUGUCCAGGCCUUUAACUGGUGGUCAGCUGAACAACAGAAACUGUGUGAAGCGUACCUACACAAUCUCAUGGGUAGCUGCUCAUGAGAUCUGAUUUUAUUUGUACAAAAUGAGUCAAUCAGAGAGAUGAUUGCCUAACCCUGGUCUGAGCGUCUGCACAGCUUUCUUCCUGACCUGUCAGGUAUGCUGCUUGGUUUGCAUGAGGAUAUUUGCUCACUAAUGUUCUCUACCAAACCUCUGAUGCUUUCACAGAGCCACAGGAUUUAUACUGAGAUUGCGUUACACACAGGUGAACUAUAUUCACUAAUUAUAUAUCAGAUUAAAGAGGGAUAAAUAACAAUGCACAUCAUACUUUUCAGAUUAUUGUUUGCCAAAAAUGAUGAGAGAGAACAGUAUAUUUUACCAAAAUAAAAUAAAGUGAUUGAUGAUGAUGAAGA